UCCUUAAAGCAGUCCAUAGGAGUUUGGUUUUUGGUUACUGUUCAUUCAAACUCCUGUAGCUUAUGUUGCUUGCUUGUGACUACACUAUUUGAUACACCCAAACAGUUAGGGUGCGUUGAAGAGAUUUAAUUGGUUGAUGCGCCAACCAACAAGAUGCCUGUGUCCAUUUUACCCAGCCUUGACCCUGUGUUUGCCAAGUGGGAGGGACGGGGUCCAACAGGGGUGGGGUCAAAAGGUCAUUACUCUUCAAUGCCAGCCCAGGAGGGUGGUGGACCCAAGGGUAAGCAGCGAUGGAGAGAGAGGUUUGGCGACAAUAUACAGCAGGUCAGACAGAGACGGGGCCGAGAUAGACCUCCCAGAAUAGCUGCACUUUCUUCAGAUUUGGUUCAGAUCAACACAAUAGCGCAGUUCAAGAUGGCACCGACAGUUUCCCCGGAACAGUUUCUCACGUGUCGACCACUGAUGGGCACUGUGUGUCACUGUAUGCCCAACAGUCAGAAAGACCUUGUAUCAUCCAGUACAAGUACAGAGGGCAUGAGAAACAUCCUGGAUGUGAGACAUGAACUCAGGGGUAGUGGUGGAUUGUCGCGCCAGUUUUCCACCCUGGUUUACACAUGGAGGUUACGGUGUCAGCAUCGCUUCCCAGACCUUUCCAUGGCUACAUUGACAAGUCAAAGAGUGGUGGAUGCUAUCCAUGCAGAACUCUUGGCUGAGGAAGUGCGUGUAGACCAGGCCCAGUUAGAGAAACGAGCCAAGAAAAUCCUGCGUGUGAUGGCUUCAUCGGUCUCAAAUACUCUCACCAAACUGACUACCUGGACCCUGCACCAUAUUUUGAAUGGCUUGUUGGGCGCCAUAUAUGUACAUCGUGGCCAAAUGGCUAUGGUGAAAACUGCCUCCCAGCGUGGGGUACCCCUGCUUUUUCUGCCGCUUCACAAAAGCCACCUGGACUAUAUACUCAUCACAUUUAUUCUGGCCAACUACGAGAUUAAAAACCCCAACAUCGCCGCUGGAGAUAACCUCGACAUACCUUUCUUCAGUUGGCUGAUGCGAGGUCUGGGUGGUUACUUUAUUCGCCGGAAGUUGGACAGGGAUGGGGGCAAAGAUAUGCUGUACAGGUCCGUGCUGCAUUCUUAUAUGGAGCAGCUGUUGUGCUACGGGGAAUUUCUCGAGUUUUUUCUCGAGGGUGGUAGAUCCCGGACAGGUCGCCCCCUCCUGCCAAAGGGUGGACUACUCUCAGUGAUUGUGGACUGUCUUAAAAACGGAAUUGUGGAGGACGUGUAUGUGGUGCCUGUCAGUAUCAGCUAUGAGAAACUGUUGGAUGGGAACUACAACAAUGAACAAAUGGGUGUUCAAAAGAAGCGAGAGUCGUUUCUGGGGGCGGUGAAGGCUAUAUGGCUUGCCCUACGGUGCUACUUUGGAAAUGUACGAGUGGAUUUUGCCCAACCUUUCUCUCUGAAGGAAUGUAUGGAGUCAUGUUCCCGUGCCAGUAGCCCCAGGGAGGGUGUCUCUGGGGAGGGGAGUGCUCCGGCGUCCCCUCUCUCAACGUCCCCUAGGAGCCUGUUCCCAUCUGCUAGCACCAUGUCGCUGUACGGGACUGAUGUUGCUAUUGAGGAUGAGAGGCAACUGAUCAACAACAUUGGCUCACAUGUUGUUCACACGUGUACACGGAGCCUGGCUGUGAUGAGUACCCACCUUGUAGCCUUCAUGUUCCUCACGUCCAAUAGACAGGGUGGAAGUGUGAGCGAGUUAUCUGGUCGGCUGACAUGGCUAAGGGGUGAGAUUCUUCUCAGGGGUCGUGACCUUGGAUUCGCCGGAAGUACCCCCUCUAAGGACAUACUGUUGUAUGCUUCAAAACUUCUGGGGGAACAUCUAGUCAGCGAAAAAAAAGAUGAAAAGAAUGAAGAAGACAAAUUGAUCCCAUGUGUUGAUAUGCCAUAUGUGUUUGAAAUGAGUUACUAUGCCAACCAGGUCAUUUCUGUCUUCCUGUUGGAGAGUAUUCUAGUGAGCGCAGUGCUGUACCUAGGUGAUGUUGAUCUGGCAUGCUUGGACAAUCCGGCUCCCAGUGAGCCUGUUCUUAUGACCAGGGAGGAUAUUAGACAGGCAGCCACCCACAUCUGCAAGCUCCUUAGUCAUGAGUUCAUAUAUGUCCCGCCUUGUAAGACCCUUGAAGAGGCUCUAAGUGACACCCUUGACUCCCUCAUCACAUCAGAGAUACUCAAAAGUCAUGAAACACAGGUUGUGAGUUCCUAUGAGAAUGUGUAUGACCGAAAGUGGGCGUCCCGUCUGUCUGACAGUCUGUCUUGGGCAGAGGAAGGGGAACAUGUGUAUACAGACGAGGAAUUUGUGGUGAACAUUGAGAGAGAGGACUGUCGAGAACGUAUUCGGUUCCUGCACUCGGUACUGGCCCCAAUACUCGAGUCAUAUCUAGUCACAGCACACCACUGUCAAAAGGUGGAAAACUCACAAAUGCCAGAGGAAGAUUUCCUGAAAAGCCUGCACAAUGAAGCCAAAACCAGGGUACAAGAUGGUGUUGCUAGCUACAGUGAGAGUGCAGGCUUGAGUACUCUCAAGACUUCAGUGAAGGCAUUUAAGUCGCUCCAAGUUUUGUCUGUUUUUUCUGCGGGCAAUGUCAGCGUUAUAUCCAUGUCAGACAACGAAGAGGCUGCAGACAUUCUGGCGGAGUAUAUGCACAUACUGCAGGCACUUAGAUAGACGAGUGGGGUACAAGGUUCAGUAUUAAGUGAACUUUGUAAAGUGAAACAGUGUUCAAAACAAUAGGCCAGAGAGUUAUCGAUCUUAUAUUGGACUUGGGGGUUAAAACUAAAUAAGUAGGUACUUUGAUAGUCUGAAAAUGUGCAAAUAUUUAUAGUAAACAGCCGACUUUUGAGUAUAGCAACAUUCUGCCUGCAGCAGGUAAUGGUGUUAAGAACUUGGGGAUAGACAUUGAAAAACUUGUUUGUUAUGUAGAUUACAAAAUUUAAUAACUCAUAUGUUCGUUAUGUAUAUUACAUGGUGUGUUUGCGUUGUGCUAUUGGUUUAUUAACAAGGUUUAGUUACUUAAUUAGAUUUUUAAAUCUUCAACUACCAGGGUAUGUGCCAAUUAUAGAGCUAUAUUAGGGGGUCAUCAUUAUAAUGAGUUAAUUUUCUCUGAAAUGAUUGAUUUUCUUCAACUAUAGAAUAAAAUUAUAGUUUGACCUUGUGAUUGUUUAAAGGAUAUUUUAUUUAAUAAGCAAACAAUCCGAUAGAUUAUAACAUAUAUAACUUUUGAGAAGCUUGCACUGCCUUUAUGUAAGAAGUAGCAUUGAAUUAUGGGUAAUUUUUGUGUCGCCUGAAAAGACGACAUAUAGGGGUUACUUUUGUUGGCGGCAUCGGCGUCCGCGUCCCAUUUUCGCUUGUCCGGGGUAUAUCUCCUUAACUAUUAGUGAUAUCAACUUGAAACUUCAUAUGUAGAUAGAUCUAAUUGAGGGCAAGUGCAGUGCACAAGAACUGUUACUCUUGCUUCCAUAUUUUUAGAAUUAUUGCCCUUUGUUAUUUUUCAUGCUUAAAGUUUUGUCCGGGGCAUAUCUUGUAGAAUAUAAGAGUUAUCAACUUGAAACUUCAUAUGUAGAAAGAUCUCAUGGAGGGCAAGUGCAGUGCACAAUAACAGUAACUCUUGCUUUCUUAGUUUUAAAAGUAUUGCCCUUUGUUAAUUUUCAUGCUUAAAGUUUUGUCUGGGGCAUAUCUUGAAGAAUAUAAGAGGUAUCAACUUGAAACUUCAUAGCUAGAUAGAUAUCAUUGAGGGCAAGUGCAGUGCACAAUAACAGUAACUCUUGCUUUCUUAGUUUUAAAGUUAUUGCCCUUUGUUUAUUUUCAUGCUUAAAGUUUUGUCAGGGGCAUAUCUUGAAGAAUAUAAGAGGUAUCAACUUGAAACUUCAUAGCUAGAUAUAUCUCAUUGAGGGCAAGUGCAGUGCACAAUAACAGUAACUCUUGCUUUCUUAGUUUUAAAGUUAUUGCCCUUUGUUAAUUUUCAUGCUUAAAGGUGUGUCCCGGGCAUAUCUUGAAGAAUAUAAGAGGUAUCAACUUGAAACUUCAUAGCUAGAUAGUUCUCAUUGAGGGCAAGGGCAAGUGCAGUGCCAAAGAACCGUUACUCUUGCUGCCAUAUUUUUAGAGUUAUUGCCCUUUGUUAAUUUUCUUGCUUAGGUUUUGUCCGUGGCAUAUCUCGUAAAAUAUAGGAGGUUUCAACCUGAAACUUAUUCUGUAGGUAUAUCUGAUUGAGGGUUCAAAUGCCACCUACACUUGAAAGUUAAAUGGCAACAUCAUUGUCUAUAAAUGAAUAAAAUGCCAAUCUAACAGCUAUAAUAUUGACAGUAAAUAAUUCGUCAGGCGACAUAUCCGACUCGCGGAGUUCUAGUUCAUAAAUAGGUUAUUGUUUGUGAUUGAAAACAUUUUGAAUGUUUUGUAGUCCUAUUUGGUGUUCAUUUGAAUGCCAUUAUUAUUAUUUGUUUGUAAUUUUCAAUGAUUAUUAUGCCCCCCUUCGAAGCCCCCCUUCGAAGAAGAGGGGUAUAUUGCUUUGCACAGGCAUGUCGGUAUGUCGGUCGGUCGGUCGGUAGACCAAAGCUUGUCCGAGUGAUAACUCAACAAUUCCUGGACGUAUGGGCAUCAAACUUCACAUGUAGGUUGGGCCUGACCAGUAGAUGACCCCUAUUGUUUUUGGGGCUAAUCGGGUCAAAGGUCAAGUUCACAGUGACCUUGAAUGGUAAAAGGUUGUCCGAGUGAUAACUCAACAAUGCCGGCACCCAUGGCCCUCAUAAUUGAAUUGGAGGUUGGGCCUGACCAGGAGAUGACCCCUAUUGUUUUUGGGGGUCAUCGGGCCAAAGGUCAAGGUCACAGUGACCUUGAAUGGUAAAAGGUUGUCCGAGUGAUAAUUCGACAAUGCCUGCACCCAUGGCCCUCAUAAUUGAAUUGGAGGUUGGGCCUGACCAGUAGAACACCCCUAUUGUUUUUGGGGGUCAUCGGGCCAAAGUUCAAGGUCACAGUCACCUUGAAUGGUUAAAGGUUUUCCUUGUGAUAACUUGACAAUGCCUGCACCCAUGGCCUUCAAACUUGACUUGGAAUUGGGCCUGACCAGUACAUGACCCCUUUUGUUUUUGGGGGUCAUCUGGCCAAAGGUCAAGGUCACAGUCACCUUGAAUGGUAAAAGGUUGUCCGAGUGAUAACUCGACAAUGCCUGCACCCAUGGCCCUCAAACUUGACUUGGAGAAUUGGCCUGACCAGGAGAUGACCCCUAUGGUUUUUGGGGGUCAUCUGGCCAAAGGUCAAGUUCACAGUGACCUGGAAUGGCAAAAGGUUGUCUGAGUGAUAACUCGACAAUGCCUGCACCCAUGGCCCUCAAACUUGACAUUGAGGUUGGGCCUGGCCAGAAGAUGGUCCCUAUUGAUUUUAGGGGUCAUUGGGCUAAAGGUCAAGGUCACAGUGACUUGGAAUGGUAAAAGGUUAUCCGAGUGAUAACUCGACAAUGCCUGCACCCAUGGCCCUCAAGCUUGACUUGGAGGUUGGGCCUGGCCAGAAGAUGGUCCCUAUUGAUUUUAGGGGUCAUUGGGCCAAAGGUCAAGGUCACAGUGACCUUGAAUGAUAAAAGGUUGUCCGAGUGAUAACUCAACAAUGCCUGCACCCAUGGCCCUCAAACUUGACAUUGAGGUUGGGCCUGACCAAUAGAUGACCCCUAUUGAUUUUAGGGGUCAAAGGUCAAGGUCACAGUGACCUUGAAAGCGACCUUUACAAUUCCUGGACCUAUGGUCAUCAAACUUGACAUGAAGGUUGGGCCUGCCCAGUAGAUGACCCCUAUAGACUUUGGGGGUCAUCAGGCCAAGGUCAAAGUCACAGUAACCUUUAACGCAAAAAAGUUAACAAAUCUUCUCCCACUGAUAUCUCAACAAUGCCUGAACCUAUGAUCAUUAAACUUGACAUGGAUGUUAAGCCUGACCAGUAGAUCACCCUUAUUGAUUUUAGGAUUCAUAGAGCCAAAGGUCAAGGUCACAGUGAUCUUGAAUGGUAAAAGGUUGUCAGGGUGAUAACUCAACAAUGCCUGAACCCAUGGCCUUCAAACUUGACUUGGAGUUGCAUCUGACUUGUAGAUGACCCCUUAUGAUUUAAGGGGUCAUUGGGUCAAAGGUCAAGGUCACAGUGACCUUGAAAGAAAAAAACUUGUCCGAGUGAUAACUUGACAAUGCCUGCACCCAUGGCCCUCGAACUUGAUAUUUAGGUUUCUGGUGACCAGCUGAUGACUCUCUAUUUUGAGUUCAUAGAGUCAAAGGUCAUGGUCAUAACACACUCUAUCCUCACACUUUAAUGGUCAUAAUCUGAAAACUGCCUUAAUGGCAACAAAUCAGCUGUCAUUUCGGUCCAUGCAUAUUUCAUUCAAUUGUCCAUAUAAUCCUGACAACAUGGCGCUCAGGGGGGGCAUAAUGUUUGACAAACAUCUCUUGUUGUGCUUGAUCUCGCUGAUAACUAGUGUUUGUUGUUACUCAUUUAAAUGUUAUUGUCAUGAUCAUGGAUGUUAUUUGUUAUUGAAAUAAAACUGUAUUGAUAAA